AUGCCAGUGAUGAAGGGCUUGCUGGCCCCGCAGAACACCUUCCUGGACACCAUCGCCACCCGCUUCGAUGGCACACACAGCAAUUUCAUCCUGGCCAACGCGCAGGUUCGCCGCGGAUUCCCCAUCGUCUACUGCUCUGACGGCUUCUGCGACCUCACUGGCUUCGCCCGCACCGAGGUCAUGCAGAAGAACUGCAGCUGCCGCUUCCUCUGCGGGGCAGAGACCAGCGAGCCUGUCCUGCAGCGCAUCGAGAAGGUGCUGGACGGCAAGCAGGAGUACCAGGCCGAGGUCUGCUUCUACAAGAAGGGGGGAGCGGCUUUCUGGUGCCUGCUGGACAUCAUGCCCAUCAAGAACGAGAAGGGGGAGGUCGUGCUCUUCCUCUUCUCCUUCAAGGACAUCACAGAGAGCCGGGGCAAGAGCCACCCGGGCAACAAGAAGGAGGAGAAGCACCGGAGCAGGAAGGCCAGGAGCGUGCACCUGCGGGCAGCGCGGCGGCAGGGCCGGACCGUGCUGCACCGGCUCAGCAGCCAGUUUGCCCGGAGGGACCGUGGCGAGAUGAAAAUCAACCGCAACGUGUUUGAGAACAAGCCAUCCAUCCCCGAGUACAAAGUGGCCUCGGUGCAGAAGUCCUGCUUCAUCCUGCUCCACUACAGUGUCUUCAAGGCCCUCUGGGACUGGCUGAUCCUGCUGGCCACCUUCUACGUGGCUGUCACCGUCCCCUACAAUGUCUGCUUCACCGGCACGGAGGAGAGCCCCUCGGCCGCCCGCAGCACCAUCGUCAGCGACAUCGCCGUGGAGAUGCUCUUCAUCCUGGAUAUAGUCCUGAAUUUCCGCACCACGUACGUGAGCCAGUCGGGCCAGGUGGUGUACGACCCCCGCUCCAUCUGCAUCCACUACGUGGCCACGUGGUUCUUCGUGGACCUCAUCGCCGCGCUGCCCUUCGACCUGCUGUACGUGUUCAACGUGACCGUGACCUCGCUGGUGCACCUGCUGAAGACGGUGCGGCUGCUGCGGCUGCUGCGGCUGCUGCAGAAGCUGGACCGCUACUCGCAGUACAGCGCCAUGGUGCUCACGCUGCUCAUGUCCGUGUUCGCGCUGCUGGCCCACUGGAUGGCAUGCAUCUGGUACGUCAUCGGCCGCAAGGAGAUGGAGAGCAACGACCCCCUGACGUGGGACAUCGGCUGGCUGCACGAGCUGGGCAAGAGACUGGAGGCUCCCUACAUCAACAACUCGGUGGGGGGCCCCUCCAUCCGCAGCGCCUACAUCGCCUCCCUCUACUUCACCCUCAGCAGCCUGACCAGCGUGGGCUUCGGCAACGUCUGCGCCAACACCGACGCCGAGAAGAUCUUCUCCAUCUGCACCAUGCUCAUCGGGGCGCUGAUGCACGCCGUGGUCUUCGGCAACGUCACGGCCAUCAUCCAGCGCAUGUACUCGCGCCGCUCGCUCUACCACACCCGCAUGAAGGACCUCAAGGACUUCAUCCGUGUCCACCGCCUCCCGCAGCAGCUCAAGCAGCGGAUGCUGGAGUAUUUCCAGACCACCUGGUCGGUGAACAAUGGCAUCGAUGCAAACGAGCUGCUGCACAACUUCCCCGACGAGCUGCGGGCAGAUGUGGCCAUGCACCUGAACAAGGACAUCCUACAGCUGCCCGUCUUCGAGACGGCCAGCCGGGGCUGCCUGCGCUCCCUCUCACUGCACAUCAAGACCUCGUUCUGCGCCCCGGGCGAAUACCUGCUGCGCCAGGGUGACGCGCUGCAGGCCAACUACUUUGUCUGCUCCGGCUCCCUGGAGGUGCUGCGGGACAACGUGGUGCUGGCCAUCCUGGGUAAGGGGGAUUUGAUCGGAGCUGACCUGUCGAGCAAGGACCAAGUGAUCAAGACCAAUGCGGAUGUGAAGGCACUGACCUACUGCGACCUGCAGUAUCUGGGGCUGCGGGGGCUCUGCGAGGUGCUGCAGCUCUACCCCGAGUAUGCCAGCAAGUUCACGGCCGACAUCCACCAGGACCUCACCUUCAACCUGCGGGAGGGCAGCGAGAUGGAGGUGGGUGUGUGUCCUGGGCUUCUCCGCUGCCGCUCGCCGCGGCCGGCGCAGGCGGCGCAGCCGCGUCCCGGCGGCGGGGCCGCCCCGGAGAAGCCCCUUCCCUCCAUCCUGGAGGACGACGAGGAGCCCGACGGCGUUUUCCAGCGCUCGCCCGCCGCCGCCCGCCGCCAGCUGCUGCCGCCCAGCCGCGGCAGCCCGGCGCGGCGCGGCUCGCCCGGCAGCCUGCUGGGUGAGGAGCUGGGCCAGCCCCCGGCGCUGCGCCGCGGCGGCCGCUCGCCGGCCCGCUGCGCGCCGGGCCGCAGCCCCUCUCCGCGGGGCCGCCGGGACGCCCCGCUCUGCGCCGGCGGGGCCGGCGGCGGCAGGAAGCCGGCCAAGCUGCUGAUCCCCGCGCUGCGGAGCUGCGGCCCCCCGGAGCUCAGCCCCAGGGUGGUGGACGGCAUCGAAGACGACGGGGGCCCGUCGGAGGCACAAACCUUCCGCUUCAACGCGGACCCCCCGCUGCAGGGCGCCUCGCCGGACCCCCCGACGCCAGGCACCGACCCGGCCAGCCCAGCCCUGGACACGGAGGCAGAGGAGAUAAAGCAGAACAUCCGGAGACUCAACCAGGAGAUCAACCACCUCAACCAGGAGGUCUCCCACCUCAGCGGGGAGCUGCAGCGCAUGAUGGAGCUGCUCCAGGGCCGGCUGGGCGCCCCGCAGCCCGCCUGCCCCUAUGGCCUCCCCGCCGGCGCCCCGGGGCUGCCAGCGUCCCACGCCGCCACACCGCCUGAGCCCCCCGGUGCCCGCGCCUCCCCCGCCACCAGCCCCCGGGGCACCCGCUGCCCCGUGCGCAGCCACUCGGCACAUGCCGCCUCCGCGCCCCCCUCGUGGCCGCCCCGCCAAGCCUCGGCCCCGCAGCCCCUCUCCCCGCCGCCCCGAGGCCUCUCCAGCUGCGCAGCCCACAGGCAGCCCCCUGCCCGCCCUCAGCUCCGCUCCAGCCCUGCCGCCUUCCACUGA